AUGCUUCUUCGCCCCACUGAGCAUAUCUGUAUCAUCGUCUCCUACGUGCGCUGCAUCUUGGCUCCGUUUCGUCAAGCAUGUCUUUUCUCUGACCCAUGGAAGCAUCGCAAAGACACAUAUUACGCCAUGUGGCACCACAACCAACAGAUCUAG